CUCCUCACCUCGCCUCUCAACAAAAUGCGUGCCUUUUCCGGGAUGGCCAUGGCCUCGGUGCUGAUGGCCAAGGCAGCAUCAGCAUACAACGGCACGGUCAAGACUGUUACAGUCACAUCCUGGUCGACCGUCGAUUUGUGCCCUCUACCGACCACUGUCACUUUAUGCGAUCCCCAAUGCGCUACUCCGACAUCCACAACUUCUGGAAACAUUGUCUAUCAGACAUCAUCGGCAUGCCAAGCUGGACAGACUGGAGUCACCACGGUUACCGGAGAUGGAGUCAUUCUUACAAACUGCCCCUGCACGGCACAAUCCACUAUCCUCGAGAUAACCGCAAACGGUGCAGGAGCCUUACCGACUGCCCUGACGCCUUCGACCAACUACAUUGUUCAGAUUGUCUACGUUUAUGUUGUCGAAUACGUUGUGGAACAGAUCCCCACAGCUAUCACAUCCACGGUUACUAGCACUUUGACUACAAUUCAGACCGAAACAGGCGCGGCUACUAGCAUUUCGGGAGCUAUUCGACCGGAGACUUCUACGGCCUCGACCACGACCACGACACCACGUCCUACGAUCGUGACUGUGGAUAGCGUUACAUUCCUGCUGGAAUAUGAUACUUCUUAUGAUGGUUCGGCCCUCAACGGCCUCCGCAAACGCCAGGCAAGCAGUCUGCCUGGAAUUGCCGCUGACUUGUCGGCAUGCCUCUCCCAGUGUGCUGGACAAGAGACUUGCAUAGCAACUCUCUUCGACGAGAGCACAUCUUUAUGCAACACCUUGACACAGUUCAACGCACAGAGCCGAAAAGAUGCUCCAGGUGAUAUUUUCGCCAUUGUUAUCUUCAGACCAACGGUGUCGUCAAGCUCUUCAGCAGCAACAAGCUCAUCAGCGUCGACAAAAUCCUCAGCACUAAUAAGGUCCUCAUCAACAACAAUGCUCUCUGGAUCAGUAGAGCCAUCAGGGUCAACACGCUCAUCAGUAUCAACAAGCCUUUCCUCAUCAGCCAAUGAGGGAGCGUCGACAACUUCCAGUGAAAGCACAACUGGAACGAUGGUUUCAGAGCCUGGCACUACCAGUAUCGGCUCCAGCUCUGAAUCAAGUAGCCGCUCAAGCUCGAGAAGCGUCUUGUAUCCGAUUUCCAACUCGUCUUCGACUUUGACAACCUCGAGCCUAAGCAGCAGAUUGAGCUCGAGUGCGAGUGCAAGCACUACUUUGCCUCCUAGCAGUUUUCCAACAUCGUCUAGGAGUUCGUCGUUGAGCAGAAGCUCUGGUGUGAGCAUGAUAGUACCGGAUGUGAACUCGUCAACGAGUACUACAUCACCCACGAACACCACGUCUUCUGCUCAAGUAUCAGUGGCACUGCCAACCCAUAGCAGU